AUGUUUGACGAAACGCAUAUUGUUCGCCUUUUGCAAGUCAUCGUAUCAAAGGGGGAUAGCCGAACACAACAAAGAGCGUUCAAGUGUGCGCAAAGCCUGAUCGAUACACAUCAAAAACUGAUUGUCCAGAUCAUUACAUCUAACUCGCCCAUAGUGGAAGAAUUCAUCAUGUCGAUAUACGAAUGUGAACGAAUCAUGAUUCGAGCUAUAGAAAAUAAACAUUACGCACUUUUGAUUGCCUGCGCAAAAAUGUUGUAUACUGUUUUGCGAGUCAGCUUAUCCACAAGAAGAAACGACGAUACGAUGGAUGUUGAUGGACAGAUAAUUCCAAAGAUGAAGGAAUUGGGUUAUAGAGUUGCAGAACAUAUUACAAAAGUAGACGUAGUAUUAAUUAAUCAAGAUAAAAAUUUAAAGCAAGCAAACAAGUACAAAUUACGAGAACUGUUAAAAAUCAAGUCAAAUUUCUGUCUGCUUUUGGAAGAAUGGGACUGCGAUGCAUCCUUUAAAGAUGCUUACACUUUGUUAACUAAUGCGGAUGAUGAAAUAGCUGCAGUAUUACUGCCUUAUCUUUCUUCUAUAUCAAGAAAAUGUACACAGUUAUCAACCUGGUUUCCAGAAGAGGCGCUGAAAGAGCUACAAAAGAGAGUGAAAAGGCCAACCGUAUAUGUAAAUUUGGUCCGUUUAUUAUUACGAACCACUAAAAGUACACAUGAAUUGACAGAUAUGCUUAUAUCACUAUUAAAUCAAUUUGGAAAAUGGGACGAUGAGACAAAAAGCUAUUUGGAUAACGGAUGGAAUAUAUAUUUGAUUGGUAUGGAGGCUGGUUCAUGCGGAUGGUAUGAAUUGAUGUAUAACACGAUGAAGGGAUUGCGUAAGAAA